AUGUCGUCGACGGUGCUGGAAGUGACGCGGGCGGCGCACGAGGAGGUGGAGCGGUUGGAGCGGCUGAUAGUAAAGGAGCUCCAGAAUGAGCCUGGCACAAACAAGGAGCGUUUGUAUCAGAGUCACCGGGUGCGAAAUAUGAUUGAUACCAUCACCUCGACCACUGAAAAGCUUAUUGGGAUAUAUGAAGAUAACGACAAUGCUAGGAAGGACGAGAUUGCUGCACUUGGAGGCCAAACUGCCUCUGGAAUUAACGUUUUCAGUGCCUUUUAUGAUAGACUCAAGGAGAUACGAGAGUAUCAUAGGAAGCACCCAGUUGCACGUGUUGUUGACGCCAAUGAUGAUUAUGAAAUGGUCCUCAAAGAGGAACCUCAAAUUGAGUUUAGUGGAGAGGAAGCUCUUGGUCGAUACUUAGACCUGCAUGAAUUAUAUUAUCAGUAUGUCAAUUCUAAGUUUGGAGAGCCAAUAGAGUAUUCUGCAUAUCUUGAUGUUUUCUCAGACACAAAUAAGAUUCCCCGCAAAAUGAAAAUGACCAGAAAGUACCGAGAAUAUAUGGUGAAUCUUUUGGAGUAUCUAUUGUACUUUUUCCAGCGGACUGAGCCCCUGCAAGAUCUUGAUCGAAUUUUCUCAAAGGUAACAACUGAAUUUGAAGAAAAUUGGGCUGCUGGAAAGGUACGGGGAUGGGAAAAUGACAAUCAGGAGAAUGGACAUGUACCUGCUGAACAUGCUACUAUUGAUCUUGAUUAUUAUAGUACUAUUGAAGAGCUAAUGGAAGUGGGUCCUGAAAGGUUAAAGGAGGCACUGGCUGCAUUGGGGCUGAAGACUGGUGGUACUGUUCAGCAACGUGCAGAGAGGCUCUUCCUCACAAAGCACACACCUCUUGAAAAAUUGGACAGGAAGCAUUUUGCUAAAGGGGCACGUAGUGUAGAAAAGAACGGGGUUGCAGUUCCACAAGAAGAUGGAAAUUCUAAAGAAAUUGCAUUGAUGGAAGCUAAAGUGGAAAAACUCUGUGAUUUGUUAGAAGAGACAAUUGCUCGAACAAAAGACAAUGUUGUAAAGAAGCAAGCCUUAACAUAUGAGGAAAUGGAAGCAGAACGUGAGGAGGAAGAAACACAAGAGGACACUGAAAGCGAAGAUGAGGAGCAGCAGAUAUAUAAUCCCCUAAAAUUACCAAUGGGAUGGGAUGGGAAGCCUAUACCUUAUUGGCUGUAUAAGCUACAUGGUCUGGGUCAGGAAUUUAAGUGUGAGAUAUGUGGGAACUAUAGUUAUUGGGGCCGUCGAGCUUUCGAACGACACUUUAAAGAAUGGCGCCAUCAACAUGGGAUGCGGUGUCUUGGUAUACCAAAUACCAAGAAUUUCAACGAAAUCACAUCAAUUGAGGAAGCAAAGGAUCUUUGGAAGAAGAUACAGCAAAGACAAGGAGUGAACAAGUGGCGCCCAGAUCUAGAGGAAGAGCUGGGAAAUGAACAUGAAUUGGAACUUCUGUUAAAGGUAUGCAAGAUAGAUCAUCGUCGUGCCAUCAUUGAAGCUGCAACACGACAGCGAGAUGAUGUUGUCUUCGACAAAGUGGAAGAGACAAUCACCGUGACGAUUUCACGCGACAAGAGGAAGUGCAUUGAUAAAGUGGAGAAAGGGCAUGCAACUUUAGAUGACAUACUCACUGCAACGGCAUGGAGGAGAAUAAAUGCUAAAAGAGUAACAAAAUGCGAGGAAACUCAUGCAUGGGGAUUAGAAAAGCGCUAUUAUAGGGAGAAUAUGAAUGCCAUUUCUUUUAUUCUCGCUCAAAAUGAAAGCAACAAAAAAAGAGGAAGGAAAUUAAAACCUGAUGGAUAA